AUGGAAGGAAACUUUGUAACCAGUGGAGACGAUUAUAAUGAUAAUCAUGAUCAUGCACAGAAUAAUUCGAAAGAACCCAUAUCUCGAACGUCCCAAAGUUUAUCGCCAACACUUUCUAAACAAAAAGACGACUCUAAACGGAGGAAGCGAAAGAACAAAUCGAAAAGCAACAAAAAUCAACAAUUGAACAAAAAACUACCUCAAAACGAACACCAAAACGAACACCAAAACGAACAUGAGCACCAAGACCUUACUGACAACAACAACAGCAGCAACAGCAACAGCAACAGCAACAACAACAACAAGGACACUUCCACCCAAACUUAUAAUGCCAUUAGUGAACCCAAGCAGAAACCUUCAAUUGAUAAAUCAUAUCCUAUGCAGAACUCGAAAAACUCUGAUUCCAAAAAGUCUGCUAAACUAAAUUCGGCAGCCUUGGAAGAUUCGCAUAAAACAACACCAGCACAGAUAACUGAAGCAGUCUUGCCGCAUGCACAGGAGCCGCCUCCAGUAAUGACGUUACAACACGCUUACAGGUCGCCGAGAAGAGAAGCUCUAAUGCGUCAUAAACAAAAUGACCAUGACUCGGUUGGAACUACAGAUUUUCGAGAUCACUUAAAACCGAAGACAUCAAAAUCUACAAAGUCGAAUUUGAGUAUAAACUCAGAUGGACCAAAAUCCCCAUUUAGAUCCCCUCAAUCUCUCCAAAACACAGAGCAGCCGCAAUUUUCAAGCGACAUCGAUGCCAAAGUGACAUUGUUUAAAUACAAGUCACUGAGAAUUGUGGAACUUAUAAACCAGCAUACACAAAGCGGCUCAUUAUUAGCACACGGAGAAAUCGAGAUUUUUCAAUUGCACAAUGGCGAUGUCACAUACCUCUCGUGCGGCGGGAAACUGUUUAUAUAUCCGCUUCUUCCCAAAAUCAAAGUCUUGAGAAUUAGUUUUAACCAGUUUCUUUUGCCGUUGCUUAACCCUGAAAGGUACUGGAAGAUCUAUGUCGAUUGUGAAGAUGUAUCCACUUUAGACUGUUUAGAAGGGGUCUUGAAAUGGAACGUGCAAUAUAUCAAUAUCAGCAACGAUAAAAGUGACAAAAGUGAUAAACUUGACAUAGACGAUCCAAAACACCAAAAACACAUAAAGCACCAAAAUGACCAGAAUGACAAGAAUGACCAGGUAUUUCAAUCUAAUUCCUCCAAAUUGGUCAGUAGAAACACUUUCUCAACACCAAAACAUCUAGACUUACAACCAGCCGAGUUGUCAGAAAACUUGAGUGGAAUAGGGGUAACGGUUAUACCACAUUUUAUAGGCAAUGAUAUUCCAGACUCGCCACCUUCGGCACCAAUAUCUCCCAAUCAGACGCACUCUGUGCCAAAUACUGUGCCAAAUUACGCGCUAUCGCCAGCUGAACAGCGAAAAUACGCCAAGGCACAAAAUCUCUUACUAAAGCAACCAUCAAUGCAAUCAUUAUCUACAAAUGUGGCAUGUUUAGACGUGAAUUCAGGAGCCGAGCCCUCGCCAUUUUAUCUACCCAAACAAUCACAAUCAUUGUCUGCAACUCGGAACUUAGAAAGCCCAUAUCAUUCUGUGACUACUUCUUAUCAGAAAACUGAGCAGGUAAAAAAUGAUCAGAGCCGCAAUGUAAAUGGUAAUAUCGAUAAUUCCAACUCACGCCACCAUCAUAUUGACAGAAUAGAUGAGAAGUCGGAAAGUUCAAUGGACUCACUAUUAGAUGAAUUUGAUGAUACAGUCGCCAGGACAACGAAAUAUCCUCAAACCUUGUCGCGACAAUCUAGGCCUGUGUCACGUCAGCAAUCGAUUGUUUCAAUACAUAACCCUGUUCCUGUGUAUUCGCGUGGCAGUUACUUUUAUGGUCAAAUAGGAAAAGACGAGGAGCAGGACGAAACUGAUGUUGAGGUUGAAGACGAAGAAAUGCAUUUUGCUAGCUUGAAUGAACGUAAUCGAAAUAUUUAUCAAGCACCAUACCUUACAGCCAAUGGUGUAAUUGUUAAUAAUAAUAACAACAACAACAACAACAACACUCGCAACCUUAAUAGGAACAAAAAUAACAACUCUACCAUGAGUAGACGAUCAUCACGAAGUGAUUUGUACUGCAAUGAGAGUGGAUGGAUGGAGCCUAAUCUUAAUUCGAGACCAUCAAACCAAGGGCAACUGCACCACUACCCGCAUCAUCAUCUUCAUCACCUUCAUCAACAACAACAACAACAUUCAUUGUCAACCCAUGCAAAAAUACCCAGAUCGAUUUCGAACCAAAGUAUUAAUAGUGCCAUAUCUGGGAGUAAUCUAGGAAGUAUUUAUCGCUCAGUGAUUGGACAACGAAACACUCGUAAUAAGGCUUAUUUGCAACAAAACCAACAACAACAACAACAAUCAGUUAAUAGUGGACGUCACGAUGUCUGGGACUCUCUGCGUUCUGUUAAGCUGAUGUCACAGGCGAAUUACCACAGACCUGUUCAACCACCGUUGAGCAGUAGAAGAAGCGCUUAUUUGCGGGGUGAUACAGAGAAGCAUCAAAGAAGUUCUGUAUCAGUUAAUGGUUCGAUAGGAAGAGGUAGGGAUACCGGAGAAGGAGUGGGUCGUGGUGGUGGAGUUAAUGCAUCUGCUAAAGAUGUCAAACUAGAUUCGAGGGAAAUAUAUCGAUUGCUUAGUAGCAAACAAGUGAAUACAAACACUACUUCCGCAACAACAAACACACCACCAGCAAAACCAUCAUCAUCAUCAUCACUGGAUGAUAUGAAACAGAAACAACGACAGGUGCCGAAGAGUUCAAGUUUCACUUCUAGACUUUUCGGGUGGUAA